AUGUUUUCCUUCCCUCUAGCCAAAUUAUAUCUCUCCUUUUUUUUCUCUCACUUUUUUCUUCUUCUUUACACUUUUCUCUCUCUUAUUCAAAUUACCUCUCCUUCUUUUUUCACAUUUCCUUUCUUUUUCUUUACACUUUUCUCACUCUUUUGCCGCAUUACCCCUCUCCUUCUUUUCUAUCUCUUCUACUUCUUUAACAUUCUUCUUUCUCUUCACCUGAAUGACAUUUCUUCCUUUUUUCUAACUUCUUUUACUUUUACUUACAAUUUUCUUUUUUUUUCUUCUGAUUUACAACCCUCCUUCUUUUCUCUUAUUUCUUCAAAUUCUCUCACUUCUUUUCUUCUUCCUUGCACUUUUCUCUCUCUUUUUCUGAACUACCAUCCAUUUUCAUCUUUCUCACUUUUUUCUCUUUCUUUACACUUUUUCUCUAUUUUCUUUAGAAUUAGCUCUCUCUUUCUUUUCUAUUUCUUCUUCUCCUUUACACUUUUUCUCUCUUUGCUUUUGACUUACAGCCCUUCCCACUUUUCUCUCAUUUGUUCUUCUUCUUUAAUCUUUUCACAAAUUAUCUCUCUUUCUUUUCUCUAUUUCUCUCUCUUCAUUUCCUUCUUCUUUACACUUCCCUCCCCUUUUUUUGAAUGA